CUUGCGGGGUGACUUUUUUGUCACAAAAUUUCAAAAAUAAAAAUAGACAUAAGAGAUGGUACAGCUUUGAACUGGAAUUGGGAUUGAAACUACAAAUCGAAGAUUCUGUGGAAUCCAUGAAAUAAACAAGUUUAUAGAUUUAACUUGUAAAGUAAGUCACCCUGCACUGAACAAAUUAUGUUGUAGUGCAGGCUUUUCUUUAAAAAUAUACGCGAGAAAGCUCUAAUAAGUUACCUAUUCAGUGUCAAAUACAGAUAAAAAAACAGUAGUAAUCAAUCUGUGAAUCCAUAAAAGGAAUUUAAUGAAAGUAUUUAUUUUUUAUAACCAUUAGGUAACAAUUAAAUAAGUUUCCAAAUCAGAAUGGCUAUUUGGUAUUAUUUACAAAAGGCAAUGAAUAAUAAAACAAAUAAAACAAUAUUUGACUAUAGAACACAUUUUGAAACAACUUCUGAACUUCAUGUUAAAACAGACACAGACAUACACUCCAAAUGUAGAGUUUGUUUACAAAGCAGUACUGCUCAAAUUUACAAUGGUGAUAAUGCAGAAAGCAUCAUUGAUGUUCUACAAUUAGUUACUGGUGAUACAAUAAAUGAACAUGAUGAUAAACCUAAGGCAUUGUGUAGUGUAUGUUAUGACUUCAUCAAAACCAUUGUCAUAUUUCGGAAAGUAGCAAAACAGACCCAGGACAUUUUAAAGCAACCAUUGAAGAUAGAAAGCAAUAACUUAGAUGAUGUGGACCUUAUUGAUCACAAUUAUACAGAUGAAGACAUUUUUGAUACCAAGCCACCUGAAAAUGAUUGGUCUAGAAUAAGAGGUGAUGUCAUAAAGCAGGAAAAAAAGAAAUGUUCCUCUAAAGUUACAUGUCAUAUAUGUAGUAAAGUUAUAAACCGCUCAUAUUUUAAGGAACAUGUGACAAUUCAUGAUCCAGACCAUAAGAAAUAUGUAUGUGAUGUUUGUGGUAAGUCAUUUAGGCUAAGGUGUGCUUAUCACAACCACAGCUUGCGACAUAGUAAUGAUUUCCCAUAUAAGUGUACAUUUUGUCCAUACCGGGGACGGUAUGCAGAACUAUUAAAAACACAUAUGCGCACACAUACAGGUGAUUACAGGUAUAUGUGUACUGAGUGCCCUGCACGGUUUCUGUUCAAAAGCAACUUAAACAGCCACAUGCUGAAGCAUAAAGAGCCCCAGUUCAAAUGUGACACAUGCAAAAGAGCAUUUCAUUCAACAUUAGCUUUACAAAGACAUUAUGAAGCAGAUCAUUUAGGUAUCAAAAACCAUGUUUGCAAUGUAUGUGGCAAGGCAUUUGGCUAUAGAAAUGCUAUGAUGAAACAUCAACGUCAUGUUCACAAAAGGGAGAAAAUGCUUUUUGGAAGAAUGCCUUCAUACUUAGAAGAAGAACAGAAAAAACAAAAUGAAAUGGUUCCUGUGAACAGCUGUUAAUUUGUAGUGAAGACAUUCAAAUUUUCUAUCAAGAUCAAAAAAGGGAAAUUGAUGAAUUCUGGACAUAACAUUUGUAAACAGCAAUAGUUAGUAGAUAUGAUCAAAAUAAUAAAUUAUUUUAAAGGCACAAAAGUGUUCGAUGUAUUGUUCUUUAUUUACUAGCGGAUACCCUCGUCCUGCGUCCGCGUCUGCGUGCUUCAAUUGA